UUGAAGGCCAUAGCCUUGUUUUAUAUUUGUGUCAUCAAAGACCUAGCAUAGGGCUUUGCCCAUAGACAGUAUUGAAAAAAGAUGUGUUGGUUUAAUAAAACUUAUUUUAUGAAACAAAAUCAGAGAAGGUAGCAGGAUGAUUUGAUGGAGAGUAGUGUUUCUUGGUUAUCAAAGCUGAGAUUGAAUAAGAGCUCUGCUGUUUGCCCUGGGGCAGUUUCCUUAAACUCUGAAAGGGUUUCCUAGUUGAGAAAAUGAUAUUAUCUAUUUUACCUUGCAGCCUUGUUUUAAAGUUUAGUGGUAAUAGCUAUGAAGUGUCUGGUAUUGGGCAAUCAUAGAAGACUGGUAGCUCUUAAUAUUAAAUGUUUUUCUUUUUUAGUUAUAAGGGUAAAUUAACCACGGUUGCUCCAAUGGGCAGCUGGUUGAUCCAACUAAUUUAUCAUUUAGACUUUAUGGCCACUAGGGAUUUAUUCUUUUACAUGGUUUACUAAUGUUUUAAGCCGAGCAAAUUUUUGCAUUAGGGAAAUAUGUUUGUAUUGGAGAAGUAAAUGAGGUUUUAUUUAACUUUAUUUAAAAUAUGUGCUAAUUUAUAACUUUUCUUCGUGGUAUCUUAAUAAAGACUUGAUAAAGAAGGAAAUGGAUAUAAAAUAUUGAACUUGUAAGUAUUUUGACAGAGUACAUUACUUCUUCUCAUUAAAGUAGGUAGACGAACAGAGGUUGGCAAACUAUGUUGGGUCAGCUGCUGGUUUUGUAAAUCAGAUUGUAUUAGAACACAGCCACUCUCAUCUAUUUGCAAAUUGUCUAUGGCCAUUUUAGCACUACAGAGGCAGAGCUGAAUUGCAAUACCAUGUGGCCCAGAAGCCUAAAAUAUUUACUAUCUGUACCUUUAAAAAAAAAGUGUUACUUAGAAAUUUUUUGAGUAAGUAUAUGUUCUUAAGAAUUAUGUAUUAAACAUUGUUUAAUAUUUUGUUUUGAAUUGGCGUUUUACUAAGAGAUUCAAUUUCUGAGGCUAUAAAAAGAAUUUUACAUAGCAACAAUCUUGAAGGGAAUCUAAGCAAAGAAAUCUCAUUUCAUCAAUUGAGAGACAAGAGUGUGGCCUCAAGCCAAACAACUUGGAAUCCAAUCCCAUCUCCAUCAUUACUAGUUUUGAGAUCUUGAACAAGUUCCUUACAUUUCUGUGCCAAUUUUCUCAUCUGUAUAUUGGGGAUAAUAAUAGGAUUUCUCUCAUAGGAUUAUUAUGAGGAUUAAAUGAGUAGAAGUUCUAAAGUGCUUGGAACAAUGUCUGAUACACAACAGGAGGUGCUCACUAUAUUUAGCCAUUAUCAUAAUCAUCAUCAUUUAAAUGGAAACAAAAUCCCUGGUUUCUAAUAUAUUGUGGAUACUCAAUAAAUAAUAGCUGAAUCUGAAUAUGAACAGUGAUUAUUACAGAAAAUUGUGAUGAUUUAAUUGAAGGGUUUGCAUAUUUAAUGUAAGGACUACACUUGAGUUCUGAUGACAUCUUUCCGUAAGGGAAUACAUAUUUUCUUUCAUCUUCCUCUCCCACUGCCACACUGGUCUUUCUCAUCAGGGUGAGAGAAUUAGGCUAAUUUUUUUUAAUUAGCAAUAUCUCAUCUACUUGAAAACGUGUUACAAUUUAUAAGAUUCAUAGAAAUAGACAAUGUAAAGAGUUCCCUGAGGACAGGAACCACAUCUGUAUUGUUCACUUCUGUAACCCAGUGCUUUGCCCAUAUUAGAUGCCCAGAAAAUAACAAUUGAGUUUAUGAAUGACCUCUGAUAUCUCUACAUCCUUAAUUCAGUCUUAUUUUUAUCCACUAAAAUCAUGAGAUUAGUGAAAUUGUUUAAGCACGUAAGGAUAGUUUUACUGUUAAUUUAGAUUUUACCAAUAAGCAAGAGUAGUACCAUUGGUGGAUUUAUAUGGGUUUGAUAUAUUUGUAUAAUCCAAAAGAAAGAUUGGAAAGGGAUGACAAGUUGGUUAAUUCAUUCUUAACUGAAAGACAGUGGAUAGCAUAGCACAUAAAAGCACUGGACUCUGGAGUAAAACUGCCUGUAUUUCAGUCUCGGCUAUGUGAUCUUGGUCAAGUUACCUUACCUCUUUAUGUAUUAGCUUUCACAUGUAAAAUGGGAAUGGCAGUAAUAAGACUUCCUUAUAAGGUAUAAUAUUGUACAUUUUGUGAGGAUUAAAUGAGUUAAUACAAAUAUAACACUAUAUUAUAUUGAUAUUGUUAGAUAUUAUUAUUGAAAUUGCUAAAUUAUUUGAUAGUUUUACCCAAAGUUGAGAUUAGUCUUGAUCACUUAUAAAUAAUUUUUAUCUUUAUGAUUAGCCUUUUCAGAAUUCUUUAGCUCAUCAUUAAUGACUGUUAUUCUCAUAGCAUUGGAGGUGUUGUACUGGUAAACCUGUCAGGGUCUGAAAAAUCUGCUGGAAGAGGUACAAUAGGUUCCAUUUGGUCUCUUGCUGGAGCCAUGCUCUAUGCUGUCUAUAUUGUUAUGAUUAAGAGAAAAGUAGAUAGAGAAGACAAGUUGGAUAUUCCAAUGUUCUUUGGUUUUGUAGGUUUGUUUAAUCUGCUGCUCUUAUGGCCAGGUUUCUUUUUACUUCAUUAUACUGGAUUUGAGGACUUCGAGUUUCCCAAUAAAGUAGUAUUAAUGUGCAUUAUCAUUAAUGGCCUUAUUGGAACAGUACUCUCAGAGUUCCUGUGGUUGUGGGGCUGCUUUCUUACCUCAUCAUUGAUAGGCACACUUGCACUAAGCCUUACAAUACCUCUGUCCAUAAUAGCUGACAUGUGUAUGCAAAAGGUGCAGUUUUCUUGGUUAUUUUUUGCAGGAGCUAUCCCUGUAUUUUUUUCAUUUUUUAUUGUAACUCUCCUAUGCCAUUAUAAUAAUUGGGAUCCUGUGAUGUUGGGAAUCAGAAGAAUAUUUGCUUUUAUAUGCAGAAAACAUCGAAUUCAGAGAGUUCCAGAAGACAGCGAACAGUGUGAGAGUCUCAUCUCUAUGCACAGUGUUUCUCAGGAGGAUGGAGCUAGUUAGCUGUUUGUUGUCUGUAGCCCAGCUUGAUAAUGGAACUAUACAGCUAAGAGACAAUCUCUGGCAAGUUUUUGUAGAAAAAAUGUUUCAGUGCCUAGUCUGAAAAAUAACAGUUUCAGUUCUUUGAAACUCUAAAAUAUAUUUUUCUCAUACCUGUUUUCUUCAUUUUCAUAAUGAAGCACUUUGCUAUGUAGCUGUGUACAUAUCACUACAGUUAUAGGAAGUUUCAGUCUACAGUCCAUCCAAAGGACCAACCUGCCUUACACAUCUCAAGGAAUUCAGCUGUUGAAAUCAUUUGAACUAAUCAAGGAAUAAAUCCUAAUGUUCUGGGACUUUAUUUUCACAUGUUAAAUGCUGGAAUAUAUUAUGAAAAUGUUUUCAAGAAAUCACUUAAGUGUUCAUAGACCAGUAUUUCUGACAGGUAAAAUGCUAAAAUAAGCUACCUGUAAUAAGUGUGGAUUAUAUUUUUGGGUUUUGUAGAAUAUUGCAAAUUAACUACACAAAAAAUGUUUAAUUUAUACAACAAGCAUGUUUGUGCAAAUUUCAUGGGACUUUAAAAAGAAUAAGUAUUUGAGAAAAUAUCUGGUUCACUUACACUACAUUUACUGCAUUAUUCUUUUAUAGCAUUAGGUGCCUUGUAUUUUAAAUCUGUGACAAACCGUGGCAAAUUUUUAAAGGGGAAGUAUUAUUAUAAAAUGAAGAAAUAUGUAUUUCUAAAGGCUAUAUUGCUGUAAACUUAAUUGAUAAAGCUCUGUUUAAUUUAGAGUUUUGAAGAAAUAGUCUCCCUUCAAUUAAGAAAUUUUCAUAACGGAAUGAUUUAAAUUGAAGUGACAAAGAGUAUUAUUAAAAUACAAUGUUUAUACGUGUAUUUGUGUAUUGUAGAUGUAUCAAGUGAUUUCUAAUUUUUUUCACAUAUGAAUGUGCCAGAUUACUCUAGAACUAGAUGUCUCUUCUUUAAAUAAUUUUAGUUUUCCUGAAUAAAUUUGUAAUAGUUAAAGUACCAAGUAAGUAAGGUGAGAAGGGAUUCUGUUUUUAAAAUCACAUCAGAACUUUUCCUCUACUAAGAUUAUAAAUUAAAUGUAAAAUACUCCUAAUUGCAAUUCUUAAACUUAGGCCUUACAUGUACUUAUUAUGCAACUGCUCCUGGACUCUAUUCACCAUAGAUAUCAGUAAACGUAUGUCCCAGGAUUCACAGGCUUUUGAUUAAUCAAUAUUCUUUUCAAGUUUUCUGUGUGAAGAGUUUAGUUCUCUUCAAAAUUUCUUAACUAAUCUGAUUUUUAAGAAUUCUCUUUGCAGUGUUUAGCUUCCUAUUCACAUUCUUAAAAUUGCUUUGGUGUUACCAUGAGUCUAAAAUGAAGUUUAGCCUUCCUUUUGUUUCAUUCUGAGAACUUCUAUAUUAUAUUACCUUUAAAAAUUGUUUAUGAUAUUAAAUUUAAAAUACAAACA